AAGGAGUCGGGAGGACGAAAAGGAGAAGAUCCCUCAGUACAUAUUGGACCUGUUUGAGUAUGUGAAACAGAUUGAGGAGACCCUAGUCGAGGAGUACGAUCCCUUGGCUAGCCUUGGCGCCGCCGCCGCCACUGCUACUGUUACCACGGAAACUGUCCGACCACUAAUUAAAGGAUUAUUAUCAAAAAGCCAUUUUCACCAUUGGAAGCUCUUGGAGUUCACAUUCACCAAUCAGAACACAUCAUUCCUGUCGGUCACAUCCAGCUCUGAACUGGUUCUAAAUAUAAAACAGCGACCCCGAAGGGUUUGUCAUUAUCCUGAUAUAAGGGUCCGAACCACACAUGCAAUAGUUCGACCCAAGAUGUUUAUGACAAAGAAGAACCUCGUGAUAAACGUGACGGCCAUCGUCAAGCGAGCCACUGCGGAGAGGUCAGAGCAACUCACCUUCAAGGUCAUCCACCGCCGCAGGGGACAGCACCAGUCUUGCAGGCUGAACCCCAAUGCCCUGCUCAUCAUGUACAGUGACAUGUUCAUAGCAGACAUCAAGAGGUCGCAGCAGAACAACAGGAAGUCCAAAAGGUUAUUCAAGACUUCGGCUGAAACAGCAAAUAGUUCAGGUGAGGAACCAGAAAGGGGUUUGCCGAUGCAGGACUUCCCGACCAAGACAACACCAAACAUACCGACGACAGUAAAAGCGCCAUCACUGGAGGAGGACAAGCGGAGGCGGCGGUCAUUGCAAAACACAUCGUCUUCACCCGACCAACUUUUUAACAGGAACUUCAAGAGACAUAAUACAACCAACUGCAGCUUGAAACCUUGGCAGAUUCGGUUUUCUGACAUUCGCCUCAAUUGGAUCCUACGUCCAAAAGUUUAUAAUGCAAGUUACUGCUCAGGCCAUUGUCUGAGUCUCAUAGACUCGAGGGUGAGCAACCAUGCUUUUUUGCGCAACAAGUACCAUCUGUCAACUGGCUACAACCAUGUACACAUACCCUACUCUUAUUGUGUCCCCUCUGUAUACUCACCCCUGCCAAUUAUUUAUGAGAGCAAGCUAAAAGAAGUCCUUAUUGGCACUCUACAGAACAUGAUAGCCUUAGAUUGUGCCUGUUGGUAGCUUUAUGAUGGGAUGGCCACAUGAGAUUUUAAGUUGUUUGUUUUUUUUUUUGAUAUGAGGAAAGAAAAAAAAAUGGAGAGAACCUUUGGGAGAAGAACAAGACUAUUAAUAACAUGAAUAAUUAAAAAACAAUAUAUGGAAUCCAAACAUCUGCAUCUGUUUUGCCAAAGUGUCCCAUUCCUGUCACCCCUUUUCUUAUAACUGACUUCUUCCAGGUUAGAAAACAUGGAAGCAACAGGGGAAAAUAAGGCUUGUGUUACAAAAGUCCAUGCUCAGAAAAAGAUAUUUCAGUAAUGAAACACUUCUGGAAUGAAUGUUGGAUACCUUUAAUAACAAUAAUAAUAAUAAUAAUAAUAAUAAUAAUAACAAUCCUUUCUACUGGAAGCACAAGGCCUCAAAUUUGUUGGGGAGGGAUUAAGUCAAUUACAUCGACCCCAGUGUGUAACUGGUACUUAUUUAAUCGACCCCUAAAAGGAUGAAAGGCAAAGUUGGCCUCGGCGGUAUUUGAACUUGGAUGGGAAAAAUACCACUAAACAUUUUGACUGGCAGGGUAACAGUUUUGCCAGCUCACCAUCCUUAAUAAUAAUGAUGAUGAUAAUAGCAAUAAUAAUAAUAAUAAUAAUAAUAAUAAUAAUAAUAGUAAUAAUAAUAGGUGUCUUGUUCAUCAUCCUGAAAUAACCCUUAUUGAGUAGGUUGGGUUUUUGUGUAGGUUGGGCUACUCAACCUGAAGAAAGUUUGAACUUGGUUCCACCUGAAAAGUCAUGUACUGUUUACCUUGAUCACCAUGUUGCACACAUAUGGUUGUGAUGCAUGUGGCCUGGUGUACCCUUAUCAGACGGGGUGGGGGUCAUGAUGGGUAUAUUGGGCUUCACAUAUUUGUACACUAGUGUCACUUUGAGGGCAUAUGCUGUUCCCUCAUUCAACAACAACAAUAAUAAUAAUAAUCCUUUCUACUAAAGUCACAAGGCCUGAAAGUUUUUGGUGGGGAGGGGCUAGUUGAUUAUAUUGACCCCAUUGCAUAACUGGUACUUAUUUCAUUAACCAUGAAAGGAUGAAAGGCAAAGUCGACCUUGAUUGAAUUUGAACUCAGAACGUAAAGACAGAUGAAAUGUCGCUAAGCAUUUUGCCCAGAGUGCAGACGAUUCUUCCACCUUAAUAAUAAUAAUAAUAAUAAUAAUAAUAAUAAUAAAAAUGAUAAUAAUAAUAAUAAUAAUGAUAAUAAUAAUAUAAAAGGUUUGACGUACUCUUCACGAAAACAAACAGAAAAUACAGAGUGUGAUGUGAUUUCAGUAGAUAUUUUAUUAGUUUGGACAAUAUUUUAAUGGCUUGCCAAUAAAAAUUGAUAAAUAGAAAUUACAGAAAUUCAAAAGUUUGACUGAGGAAAUCCUGUGUUCCCACUUUUAAAUUUGAACUUCUAUACUUUCUAUUUAUCACUUUUCAUUCUGAACUUGACAAACACAGGCAAACUGUCAAAAUAUUGUUCAUUGAAAUCGCAUCAUGCUCUUCGUAUUGUCCAAUAAUUAAAAAAAAAAAAAAAAAAAUCAUUAUUAUUAUUAUUAUGAAGCUGAUGAUGAUGAUGAUGAUGAUGACAUUGGCACAAGCAUGAGACCUGCAGGACACUACAUGGUUGAAUCCUUGUAUUAUAAAAAGGUAUUAUAUUUCUUGUU